UUUUCCCAGGCUUUCAUCUUUUUCGACAGAUACAGAUAUCAUCAUGCCGCCAAAGAAAAAGCAAAAGCUUGAAAAACCUACUUGCUUACAUACCUGUAACAAGACUUCCUUUGCAAAAGCUUUCCUGCCAAACUACCACCAACGGCUUCUAGAUUACAUCGCCAUCAUCCAUCAACUCGCCGACCACGCUUCCCACGCGCUGAAAUUCUACAUCCUAUCUGCACCAUCCUUCACCGUGAACGAGGAGACCAUCGAAGCGAUUCUCUAUCUUCUCAACAAGGGGGAGGCUUGGCAUCCAAGAAAGGAAGCAAAGAAGGCAUGGCGGGAUUGUUUGCUGCCAUAUGUUCAACGGUACUGCCAAAUCGUCGGCUUCGUUCAUCCAAAUCUACGAGGCGAGCAGCAAUCAGUCAAUUACCUGACAGCGAGUAUGAUGACGAACCUGAAAGUCAACAUUCAAGAGCAUUGCAUGACGAUGCUGCUCCGAUAUAUCAAUCUGCGGCUUGACGUGAAGGGACGGAAAGGGCAACUGCCACCGAAAAGCGAUGCGCGAAAAGCUUUCUUUACUCGGCUACGCUAUUUAAAGUCAGUUUUUCUUUUUGAUAUCGUGCCCGAGUCGCUGGAUGACUUGACCGCUGAAGAGAGUGAGCUUCUAGAAGAGAUCUGGACACUUAACCUGCCAUUUCCUGAUCAAGACAAGCCGCUUGCCUACCUCAUUGCCAUUGACGCAAUGUCCUUCUUUCCUGCAUACUGUCGGUUGUCAAGCCUAUAUGAAAAGCAUGGAUUUCGACGGUUCAGUGCGAUACCUCUGCGCCGCUCGCUCAUCCAAAGCAACAUUCGCAUCGACUCUAAAAUCCUGUACCAGCAUAUCCUUUGCAUCACGCAGCGAGAAGCAGAAGCCGUAGAGAAGGUCGAUUUAUGGUUGCGCGUCUGUAAUCUACGUACCAAAGCUUUUCGGUCUCGCUGUGGUAUGCAUUUUGAAGGCUCGAUCACGACGGACGGAACCUCGGUGUCUGUAUACCUAAAGCACCCAGAAGCUGACAAGUAUGGAAAGCGCAGUGGUGGGAAAAAGUCAGCAAACAUGAUGGAGGCAGAGGUUAAAGUGCAAUACGUGGAGAAAAACUUACCUGCUUGUCGGGCAGCAGAAAACAUUGUUGUCAUUGACCCAAACAAGCGCGAUAUUCUCUACUGCCAAGACAGCAAUGGUACGACGUUCCGUUACACUGCCAACCAGCGAGCCAUGGAGACAGGUAGCCGGCGAUUUGCAAAGAGACGGGAAGCAAUGAAGAAAAAAGCGGGAAUUGACCUCAUAGAAUCACGAAUACCAUCUCACAAGACGAUGAAUCUCAUGGACUUCACUCGCUACCUUCUCGUUCGCCGCGCUGAUUGGGAUCGUCGCAAGUACUUCUAUUCGCAUCCUGCCCACACGCGGUGGAAGUGGCAUGCAUUUAUAAACCGUCAGAAGAGUGAAUCGAACCUCAUAUCCAACUUGCGCAACAAGUACGGUGAAAACUUUACCAUUGUGAUGGGAGAUUGGAGCGAUGCCGGUCAAACUGCAAGAUUUCAGACCUCAUCAAAGACGAAAGGUUGGCGCACCCUCUUUACAACCGCAUUGAUUGUUUUCUUCUUGAUGAACACAAGACCUCAUCUGUUUGCCCUCGCUGUUCAUCCUCUGAGUUUGUUGAGAAAGGCUUCAAAGAACGACCUCAUUCAAGACCUUGGCGGCGACAUGAAGGCAAGGUUGAAAAAGUCCAUGGAUUGCUGGGUUGUACCAACCCUAACUGUUUGCAGCAAGCCUGGAUGAUGCGCUACUGGAAUCGAGAUACACUGUCAACCUGCAAUAUGCUAACGAUCGUGCCAUCAAUGUUGGAUGGGCACUGUAGACCAGAGGUGUUCAGCAGGAGGAGUGUUCCAGCCGUAGCGUAGCAUAGAUUAGUUAGAUUAGCUUUUCCGAACUGGUUGUCGCCGGUUCAAUCCCUGGUGCGGGUGCUAGUGCCAAUACCCAUCGGCUCCGCACUAAAUAGUAAUAUCAAGAAUGUUAUGUUACAACC